AAUUCCUAUUAAUAGGGUAAACAGAUUAUUUAACUUGAAAGAAAAUAAUUUUAACAAAACUGAAAAGACGAAAAUUUCAAUGGAAACAAAAUAAGAACUAAAAUGGUUGAAAUACAAGCCCCUGUUUCAAUUUCGCAAAGAAUUUUGCCAACAAGUGCUCAUGGGCGCCAUCUACCGAGAGGAUAUUCCAGACAACGAAUACUCAGUUUGUCCAAAGCAAAAGAAAGCAAACAAGUAUGGCUGACAAGCUUUGGACCAAAAUUAUACUGGGGCGACCAGGACAUGAUGUGGCCGAUUUCCCCCCAAACGCUAAACGCUCGUCCUACACAACGGUUAAUGCAGCUAGCUGCUUCGAAGAGGAACUUCCAGUUUGGCACGAAACAGGUGAACCGACCAGAGUUUGUUUAUAGCUGUGGAAGAAAUUCACAAAUCUGGGAAGUUAACAAAUCCGCUAUGAAAGCGACUGCCAGCGAUCGAUCUGCCACUCUGGCACAACCAAAGCAAGCCCCACCACAAUACCAAGAACACAGGCAUAAUCACCAAUAUAGCUGCGGGCGUGUUUCUCCAAUAUGGAAAGUAGAUCAAGCUGCAUUAAGAUGUCCAAGCAGACCAAGAACUGCACAAUUAGCGAAACCUAAACAACCUCACCUCUUAUACGUCCCCAACAGCGAGGUCGAAACGCUGAUCAAGCCAACGGCACUGACCGGUUCAUGCCCUGAAAGAGUCAGCGACCUAGCUAGGCCGAAGUCACGUGGGGACGGUCCCUUUAUAGAUUCAAGAUCCCCUGAAGACACAAUUUGGAAGGUCCAAGGAGCAGCUAGAGCCGCUACAGCCUCACCGAGGUUGCUUGAGCUUUCUAAAUGUAAAGGAUUCGCCGAUGGUUACCAAUCAAAUCGCUCGGUACAAUGGGCCGUUUCAAGAGCCGCGAAAAAAGCGUUGGCCGCUGAAAGAACGUCACAAUUAGCGGCUCCCAUUAUUAGAGCGUCAAUGGACCACGUACAGUUCAACCCUGACGCCUUCUUAGUUAGCCCGCUUGCUAUGAAGGCAAGGUGUACUCCCCGGUUAGAAGAGCUCUCUCACCCCAUCCAACGAUAAAUAUUUCUCGCUUUUUACCAAAGUAAACGCAAUAUACAACGAUA